AUGAAGAUACGCAACCUUCUAGCUGCUUCAGCUGCACUUUUGUCAUGGGCUUCCAAUGUGACAGCGCGUUUUGCCGAGACCCCGUUGCGCCUGGUGAACUCGACCUCCAAUCCCGCCUCUCAUGACAGUCACUCGUCGCCCCAUUUUAACAUCACUGCCGAUGUCGAAGGGAGCCGGAACUCUCUAGCCUUCGUGCUGGAGACAAACCGAGAGUUUACUGCGCAAGAUGCAUACGUUCAGUAUAUAGAUGUACAUGGAAAUGUCAGGAGUGUUGAGCCAUCCACGCAGUCAACAUAUCAUGUUACGAAAGGGUCGGUAUGGAUGCGGUCUGCAGGCAGACCGUGGGUGAAAGUCGGUUGGGCAAGAAUUACGGUGUUAGAAGAUACGACCAAGCCUUUGUUCGAGGGGACGUUCGCUAUCUCAUCGGAACAAUACAGAAUCCAACUGGAGCAGGAUCGCAGUGAUGGCUUGUCGGAUCUCCAGACAGGCUACAUGCUGGUCUAUCCGGCGUCGGCGCCCUCGAUAUCAGGCCAGGACGAUUCGUCACUUCAGCAAACCUGCGCAUCCCCUUCAAUGGCUAUCUUGGAUCGUCGACAGUUGGGAUGGGACGGUGACUCGGCGGAGGAGAACCUGGCGGACACAGUCGGGAGCACCUCUGGCUGUCCAACAUCUAGACGGAUCGCGUAUAUUGGCGUUGUGACGGACUGUACUUAUUCAGGGGAAUUCAACUCUACUGAUGCCGUGCGUCGGAACAUCAUAAACGUGGUCAACACCGCAUCGGUGGUUUUCGAGAACAGCUUCAACGUUUCGCUAGGGCUCCGGAACAUAACGAUCAGUGAUGCCGAUUGUCCCGACAGCGCCUCCCGCUCGUCGCCGUGGAACGCGCCUUGUUCUAGCGGGAACUUGAACUGGCGCCUCGACCGGUUCUCGUCUUGGCGAAGCUCUAUCGACGAUGACAAUGCCUACUGGUCGCUGCUAACGGGCUGUCCAAAUACCGGUGCCGUGGGGAUCUCCUGGGUUGGAGAGUUAUGCAACACGGGCGCAUCGGGAUCCCGCAGUUCUACACCUGGAGCCAACGUGAUCGCCCGGUCUCAAAGUGAAUGGCAGGUUUUUGCACACGAGUCGGCGCAUACAUUUGGCGCCGUUCAUGACUGCGACUCUAGCACCUGCCAGGCGGGCGCGGACAACGACUCGCAGUGCUGUCCUCGGUCCUCCUCCACCUGCGACGCAGAUGGAGAAUACAUCAUGAACCCGUCGUCGAACAGGGGCAUGACGCGAUUCUCCCCGUGCACCAUCGGAAACGUCUGCUCCCGGUUUGGGUCCCGCCGUACCAACACCCAGUGUCUUGUGAGCGCCAGCGACGCCGACAACGGCGGCAACUCAACCGGCGUCCCGAAUGGCCAAUGCGGAAAUGGGAUCGUUGAAGCGGGAGAGGCAUGCGACUGCGGAGGGAAUGCAUGCAACGAGCGCGACGCCCGGUGCUGCGAUAGCAUGACGUGUCAGUGGCGGGGAGGGGAGGAAUGCGCGCGGUCUCGGGCCGGAGGAGGAAGCGGAAGUGAGGAUGACAGCGCCCGAUCGUGGGUGGACGCGCAUCGGCCGUUGGUUAUCGGGCUGAGCGCCGGGAUUGGGGGCGCAUUGGUGCUAGCGGUGAUUCUGGCCAUAAUCGCCUGUUGCUGGCGACGGCGCAAACCCCGUAAACUAAGUGAAAGUAGUUGA